CACAGCAGGUGCAGCGAGGGCAGAGUGCCCUGCUGGCUACGAGGUCGUUGGGUCCAAGUGCAUCCACCACUUGACUGGAGGAUAUCUUACGUACGACAACGCGGUCACUUACUGCCACGAGAUCUCCGGCAGCCUGCCCAUACUGCCGGACUGCGCCACCUUCACAGAUGUAGCCACUUAUGUCGACGAUGGCUACUCAGCGGACGCCUACAACGGCUUCUGGUUAGGCGCCACCAGCCCGGCGGCCAACGGCGUCUGGCAGUGGAAUGACGGCACGGCGGUGGCCAUGGGCGCGCCAUAUUGGGCCUAUCAUUCUUCGCACGGUUCGUUGGUAGAACCUUGUUGUGAACCGGAGUUGGAGAACUGCGCUUACAUUCAACCGAGUGGGGGCUGGGCAGUUCAUGAUGACUUGUGUGACGUUGCAAAAGAAACUUAUCCCCUGUGUUCAAAAGCUCCAAUAGAUGGUCUCUGCGAUAAUCCCUACGUGUUGGUGGGCACGCAGUGCGUACACAUCAUCCCGUCCGCUUACCACUGGCUGGAUGCGCGUUCUCAGUGCGCGCUGACCGGCGGAGACUUGAUCAACACGAGAAGCCACGACCCUCUCGGAUAUUGGAUUGGCGUCUCUGACGAAGUGCUGGAGGGGCAGUGGCGCUGGAUUGACGGUUCACCUCUGUCCUUGGGGCUGCCGUACUGGGGAACGUAUGGUGGAGGGCCGCUAGAGCCCGACAACCCCGGCGUGGAGAACUGCCUGGAGCUGAGCUCUGCCUUCAUGUACCGCUUUAGCAGCACCGCGUGCAGCAACGUGCGACGUGUCAUUUGCGAGGCUGACCCCGUCUAGAUAAGAGGUUGUGCCCUCUAGAACUGCAGCUGAAGCAUUUAAAACUAGAGCUGUGGCACUUACAACUAGAGCUGUAACAAAUGGAACUGGAGUUUUGGCACCUGGAAAUAUAUAGCUGUGUGUGACUAUAGAGCUAGAGCUGUGGAUCCUUGAACUAGAAUAAUGGAGCAUAGAACUAGAGCUGUGGCGCUCUGCUCACUCCAAUCAUCAUAGAAGAUGCCAACGUAAGAGGUCGAAACAUCUCGGAAAAUUAAUUUAUUUCCAAACUCAGACUAAUUAAAAUAACUUAGCUAACGUUUCGUGUUUUGCAAAUACAAGAAUUUGCUUAUUCUUUUCUGUAAAAACAAUAUUUAUUUCAUUGUAAUUCCAGCGCAUCCACAAGUUAAUCCCAAAUGAAUGAUGUCUUGUUCAUAUUAGAAAAUUGUAUGGCCAUUGGGUUGUGUUAUCAUGUGUUUUUACCAUCAGAAUUAUACUUGUGGAGUGGACUACUUGCAUUACAAUGUUUUAUUGCUUGCAAUAAAUCAUUAGUUCACAGGUACGAA